AUGUUCCGCUCUCUCCUCAAACCCAAACCAAAACCUCGCCGCCCUUCCCACCCUGCUUUCACUUCUCUCGCCGCACCUCUCCCCUCAGACUCACCUCACCACCACCAGUCAUCUCACCCCCACACCGAAACCCCACCCCCACAUUCCACUCCAACCUACGCCAAUCUUCUCCAUCAGUUCAAAAACUCCCUCACCCAAAACGAAGCCGAAACCUUUCAUUCAAAAAUCCUCAAACACGGCUUCACUCAAGACCUCUUCUUAUCCAACGCCCUCCUCAACCUCUACGUCAAAAUCGGUUCUUUAUCCAAUGCACGCCACCUGUUCGACGAAAUGCCUCACAGAAACUCGGUCACCUGGGCCUGCCUCAUUUCAGGGUACGCCCGGAGCAUAACACCAGACAAGGCCUGCGGGCAUUUCAAACGCAUGGUUUGCGAUGGCUUCGUGCCGAGUGUGUAUGCUUUCGGGGCUGUUCUAAGGGCCUGCCAGGAGUUGGGUCCUGGCAGGCUCAAGUUUGGGAUGCAGGUUCAUGGGUUGUUGUCGAAAAUGCAUGAGUGUGAUGUGUUGCUAGCUAAUGUGGUAAUGUCAAUGUAUGGGAGGUGUUUGGGUGCCGCGGAUGAUGCUUACCGCGCUUUUUGCGAGAGCAAGUUUAAGAAUUUAGUGUCUUGGAAUUCGAUUAUUUCGGUUUAUUGUCAACGAGGGGAUGCAGUGUCUGCUUAUGAGAUUUUUUCGAAGAUGCAGAAGGAUGGUGUGGGUUUUGAUUUGCAGCCGAAUGAGUAUACUUUCGGUAGCUUAGUGCCUGCUUGCUGUAAUUUGGCGGAUUCUGGUUUGGUUUUGCUGCAGCAGAUGCUGAGCAGGGUGUGCAAAGCUGGAUUUUUGGGGGAUUUGUAUGUGGGAAGUGCUUUGGUUAGUGGAUUCGCGAGGGUUGGGUUAGUUGAUUACGCUAGGAAGAUUUUUGAGCAGAUGGGGGAGAGGAAUGUAGUUUCGAUGAAUGGUUUGAUGGUUGGGCUGGUGAGGCAGAAGCAAGGAGAAGAAGCCGCUCGGGUUUUCAUGGAGAUGAAGGACUUGGUUGGAAUGAACAUCGAUUCGCUUGUGGUUCUUUUGAGUUCUUUCGCUGAAUUUUCUGUUUUAGAGGAAGGGAAAAGAAAGGGAAGGGAGGUUCAUGCAUAUGUAAUUGCGACUGGCUUGAUUCGCAGCAAGGUUGCAAUAGAGAAUGGACUUGUAAAUAUGUAUGCCAAAUGUGGUGCUAUUGAUGAUGCUUGUUCUGUUUUCAGGCUCAUGGUAGACAAAGACUCAAUCUCAUGGAACUCUCUGAUUUCUGGUCUCGACCAGAACGAGCGUUUUGAAGACGCAGUCAUGAAGUUCUCUGAAGUGAGAAGAUCUGAGUUGACGCCUUCAAUUUUCACAUUAAUUAGUGCUUUGAGUUCAUGUGCAAGCUUGGAGUGGAUCAAGAUGGGACAGCAAAUACAUUGUGAAGCACUUAAACUGGGACUUGAUUUGGAUGUCUCAGUUUCAAAUGCUCUUCUUGCAUUGUAUUCCGAGACGGGAUGUCUUAAUGAAUCCCGGAAUGUUUUCUUCUUGAUGCAGGAGUAUGACCAAGUGUCGUGGAAUUCAAUUGUUGGGGCUUUAGCUAGUUCAGAGGCUUCAGUUUCUGAGGCUGUAGAAUAUUUAUUGGAAAUGAUGCGAUCUGGAUGGCAACUUAAUAGAGUAACAUUUAUUAGCAUUCUUUCAGCAGUUUCAUCUCUCUCACUUCACGAUCUAGGCCAGCAGAUUCAUGCUGUAGUAUUAAAAUACAAUGCUGCAAAAGACUCUGCGAUUGAGAAUGCACUUAUUGCUUGCUAUGGUAAGUGUGGAUAUAUAGAUGACUGUGAGAAGAUAUUUUCUAGAAUGCCUGAAAGAAGGGAUGAAGUAAGUUGGAAUUCCAUGAUUUCUGGAUACAUACACAAUGAGCUCUUACCCAAGGCCAUCGAUUUGGUCUGGUUUAUGAUGCAGAAGGGUCAGAAAUUAGACUCUUUUACUUUUGCCACUGUUCUGAGUGCUUGUGCCUCAGUUGCAACAUUAGAGCGUGGGAUGGAAGUUCAUGCAUGUGCUAUAAGAUCUUGUUUGGAAUCUGAUGUUGUAGUUGGGAGUGCACUUGUCGACAUGUACUCAAAGUGUGGAAGGAUUGAUUAUGCUUCAAGAUUCUUUGAGUCGAUGCCAGUUAGAAAUGUGUAUUCCUGGAAUUCAUUAAUAUCAGGAUAUGCUCGCAAUGGCGAUGGACAAAAUGCUCUUAGGAUUUUCACACAAAUGAAGCAACAAGAUCAGCCGCCAGAUCAUGUUACCUUUGUUGGGGUCCUAUCAGCUUGUAGCCAUGCAGGGCUCGUGGAUGAAGGGUUUCAGCAUUUCAAUUCUAUGAGUAAGGUACAUGGACUGGCUCCUAGGAUGGAGCACUUUUCAUGUAUGGUUGAUCUUCUUGGAAGGGCAGGAAAACAAAAUAUGAUAGAGGACUUUAUCAAAAAGAUGCCAAUGAAGCCUAAUGUUCUUAUUUGGAGGACAGUUUUAGGGGCUUGUUGCCGAGCUAAUGGUCGUAACACAGAGCUAGGCAGGAUGGCUGGUGAAAUGCUUUUGGAGUUGGAACCCCAAAAUGCUGUGAACUAUGUGCUACUUGCCAACAUGUAUGCUUCUGGUGGAAAGUGGGAUGAUGUGGCAAAAGCUAGGAUGACAAUGAGGAAGGCAGCAGUGAAGAAGGAAGCUGGGUGCAGUUGGGUGACCAUGAAAGAUGGAGUUCAUGUUUUUGUAGCCGGAGACAAAUUACACCCAGAGAAAGAUUUGAUAUAUGAAAAACUGAAGGAACUUAACAAGAAAAUGAGGGAUGCUGGAUAUGUGCCUGAAACGAAAUUUGCACUAUACGAUCUUGAACUGGAAAACAAGGAAGAACUGCUUAGCUAUCACAGUGAAAAGCUUGCAGUUGCAUAUGUUCUUACUCGCCAGUCAGAGUUGCCUAUAAGGAUUAUGAAAAAUCUCCGGGUUUGUGGUGACUGCCACUCUGCCUUCAAAUACAUAUCAAAGAUUGUUGACAGGCAAAUAGUAUUGCGGGAUUCAAACAGAUUUCAUCACUUUGCGGAUGGCAAGUGUUCUUGUGGGGAUUUCUGGUAACUGACCUGUUAUCACUUUGUACCAGGUGGGAGUAUGAUCAUGGUUUUUAACGCCAUAGUUUUGAUUGGGGGCAUUGAUGCAAGAUAUGAGCAAAAAACUGAAGCAGCUGAACAGUGUUUAUUACAUCAAUUUUAUAUGCAGCUAGCCUGCAAUCUCCUGCUGGAUGUCAACACAAUGCAAAGAUCUCCAUGUCAAAAAAUUGGUGUUACUCACUCAGGCGCUUCCUAAAAUCCAAAACCUCAUCCCUAUAUAAAUCCGACGACCCUCAGUUAGUGCAUACCUAUACAACAAGAACACAAGUCCUCAAGGAGAAGGAGAUUACUUAAGCUGGUUAGAGCUAUGAAGCUGAAUCAUGUGAUCGUGGUCCUUGUUAUAGCAUUGGCAGCAGCAGUG